UGGAACUAGAAAAAUGAAUAAAAAUAAGCUGAUUCAUGAUUUCCUGGAAGUAGUUUCAAGAGGUGAUGUGGAGCUCAUCUGUGACCAUAUUACUAAAGUCCAUUCCAUCCUCGGGAACCUUGACUUUCAGCAUCCAAAGACUGGGAAUACACCUCUCAUUACGGCAGCAGAAGAAAAUCUAACAGAGGUUGUUGGAUUUCUUCUGGAAAAGGGAGCAGAUAUCACCCUUUGCAAUUAUAGUAAUCAAACCGCGGUCCAUGUGGCUAAUUGUGAUGUUCGAAGACAACUCUUGGACAUCAAUGGAAUCCAGGCUCCCCAAAUGCAACUUCUACAAAGUUCAUGGCAAGGUGAUCUUGAACAACUUCAACACUUGCUGGCAUCUGAAGAGUUCCUGGAUAUAAAUUUCCCAAACCAACAUGGCUUGACCCCUCUGAUGCUGGCUGUGAGAGAUGUGGACCUCUUUGAGAGUCUUGAUAUGUUAACAGUCUACAGACCUGCAGAGGUUCUGUCUGAGCUCCUCAGGCAUCGCGCAGAUCCUAAACUCUGUGAUUUUAGUGGAAAAUCAGCAAUACAUUAUGUGUCACAAAUAGAGAGUUUUAGGAAACAGCAGUUAUUGGACAUUCUAAUGAAUUCUAUGCCAAAACCAGAAAGACAUGCUGAAUCAUUGCUUGACAUUUGUCAUGAUACAAACUCUUCAACUGAUAUGAUGACAGUUACUAAAAACCAAAAUAUAAUCUUACAAAGCGUAAGCAGCAGUGAGGAGUUUGACCAGGACGAUGACUGCAGUCAUUCCAUAUUGGCUAGUGAAGAAGGAGAUCUGAGUGGUGAUGGACAAGACUCGCAACCCAGGACAGAAGGUGUUGAGAUUAUUGUUACUUUCCCGAGAGAUGUCAGUCAUCCCCAAGAAAUGAGCCAAGAAGAUUUAAAAGAAAGCAAUCAGAUAACUGCAGUGCAUCAAGAAUGGGCACGAGCACAUUCUGUUUCUCUUCCAAAUGAGAUUGAGAUGGUGGACCUCAGGACAAAGACGCUGACCACGCGGCCCUUAAUUCUAAAGAAAGAGGAAAGUUCCAAGGAGCUCUGUGAUGUGAACUUGGGCUUUUUGUUGCCAAGACCUUGCUUAGAACCAAACAUCUCCAAGUCUGUAGCCAGAGAAGAUGUUUCUCCCUUUUUGAAGGGGCAGCAAAGAAAAUCUGAAGAGUUUUCUAUCUCUGACGUGAAGUACUGUAGCCAAAGAAUGGAGUUCCCUCUGCCACCAUUGUCACUCUUGCCCAUGAGAUAUGGUCACCUUACUAUCCCCCCAAAUCACAAGGAUCAAAAAGAGAGAGAAAGAAAUGCUCCAAGCCUCAUAUCCUUUGUACCUAAGCUCUCAAAUCCUGUUAGUCGAAGUGAUGAGUUUAGACCAUCCAAAAAACAGCAAGAAGCCCCGUUUAAGGUGUUUUUGGAUCAGACUCUCAGGUCCUCUGAUAGCUCCAUUUGGUCCAGAAACAUGUGCUCUUUUUGGAAGGAUAACCAUCACAGACAACACCUGGAGAUGGAGGAGAAUCAGAAAUCCAAGGAAACAGAAGGAUGUGACAAAAUUGAAAUCUCUCACUUUGAAAAAGAGCAGUCUUUGGUGUCUUUUGAGAAUUCUAAGAAAGGCAGUUUUCCUACAGAUAGGGAAGUGGAUAUUGACUGCUAUGGUAGUGAAAUGAGAAAAGCAGAAGAAGAGAACUCUCAAUAUCUUUCAUCAAGAAAGAAAGAGGGUUCAGUAGCCAUAAACUAUGGACAAGACACAGAAGUUGGACGUACCAUGCCAAUCAAGUGCCAAGAAGCCCAGCAGUCAGAAAUAACUCCAAGCCAGGAUAAAGAGACUGGAAAUGAUAAAGCUGAUUCAAAAGGGCCUUCAGUACAUAAAGGUGAAGCAAUUGAGCCAAAUCAUAUUUUGGAAGAGUAUACUGUACUUAAAAGUUUGUCCAAUGUAGUCCCUAAUAGCCACAUUGGAAAACUCCCAGAAAGUCAUAGUGGCGUGGAGACAAACAUGAAAAUAUCAAUAGCAGAGGCAACCAAACCAGAAAUGAAUGGGAUGGUCCCUCUUAUCCACAUUACUUUCCCUGCAGAUGGAACUGCCCAGGAACCAGCAAUAGCUAAACCGAGCCUCCAAAAAAGAACGCGCACCCUUCAUAACAACAAUAGCAUCAACAUACUUGCACACCAAGAAAAUGACAGGCAUGAGAUGAAAACCCAUAGAAGUAAGUUGGAUUCAAAGACCAAGACCAGUAACAGGACACCUCAGAAUUUCAUGAUUUCCACUGAAGUUUCCAUUAAGCCUACUAUGCAUAAAACCAGCAUAAAAACCCAAGUUUUCCCUGCUUUGGGGCUUCUUGACCCCAGGCCUCGGCAACCACCCAAGUUUCAAAGGAGAAUGCCACAGAUAGAAAAGAAGCAAUCAUCUUACCGGGCUCUGAAGCCUAAAAAGCAAUCAUUUCCUUGCAUCUGUAAAAAUCCAGGAAUAAAAAAGUCUUCUUUUCCUCUCUCUGUUCAACCAACAGAGCCAAGACUAAAUUAUCUAGAUCUUAAGUACAGUGACAUGUUCAAAGAAAUCAAUUCAACUGCUAACGGACCUGGAAUCUAUGAAAUGUUUGGAACCCCUGUUUAUUGUCGCAUGCGAGAGGCUGAACAGCAUGAAAACAAAUAUUACCGAGAGAUAUGCUCAGCUCCAUCAGGCAGAUAUAUCACCAAUAAAUGUCGAUUUUCACACAGUGAGAGGAGCAGCAAUAGCAGAACAAGGCUUUCUCAGAAAAGACCACGUAUUAAACCCCCAAAGGCUUUGCUUGGCAUUAAACCAAAGCACAAAACUUUAAUUUCUAAAGAAAAGGGUUGCAAGGCUGUAGGUAGCAACCUACAAGACUUUGAAAAUGAUGAAGGUACUUCAGAACCAGAAUGGCAGAUAAAGUCUUCAGAAAAUGACUUUCCAUCUCCCAAAGAUGAAGUUCAGCCCAUGAACUUAGCUCAGACUCAUGAGCCGUCCAUUAAACAGAAUGAAUUCCUUCCUGUCUCAGAUUUGUCCACUGUUGAAGAAGUCUCUGUGGAAGACUCCCCUGAUGAAGGAGACAUUUCUAACAAUCAAAUACUUGCCACGAGCCUUAGAGAUCUGCAUGAACUUGAAGAGCUACAUCACCAGACCUCAUUUGUCCUUUCAGAAAACAGCUGGGCAGUGCCCAGUGAGAAGAGUUCCAACAAGCAUGUACUACAAGAAAAGAGUACAGCAUCUCUUGGUAAAAUGAAUGCCAACCAAAUUUUAACUAACAAUGUAGAGUUUGAUAGUGUUUCUGAUAAGUCUAAAGCACCUAUGAGUUUCUCUUUCCAAGAGAAAGAAAAUGCAUCUUUCCAAGCAUAUCGACAUUGGGCACAUUCUUUGGAUCAUGAUAGUUUAGCUAAUAAGUCAAUUACAUAUCAAAUAUUUGGAAAAAUCUUAAAUGAUGCAAAUUCAAUUUCCCAAGAAAUCCUAGACUCUGCAAAGAACGAAGAAUUGACAGAUGAACUAUUAGGUUGUCUAGCUGCAGAACUAUUAGCUCUUGAUGAGAAAGAUAACAACUCUUGCCACAUAAUGGCAAAUGAAACAAAUCAUGAAAACCUAAAUCUUGUCUUCAGUAGGAGAGGAAAUACCAUGCAAGAAUUGGGUGGAAAGACAACAAAUGUCAACAUACAGAGAUGUAGUAAUGGGUUCAGGAUAUAUGACAAGGAGGAGAAAUUUCUCAACUCAAAUGAAAAGAAGACAUUUUCUGAAAAUAGUUUAAAUUAUGAAGAACCUAUCCUGUGGACCAAGGGUGAGAUCCUUGGGAAGGGAGCCUAUGGCACAGUAUAUUGUGGUCUAACUAGCCAAGGACAGCUAAUAGCUGUAAAACAGGUGGCUUUGGAUACCUCUGAAAAAUUAGCUACUGAAAAAGAAUACCAGAAACUGCAGGAAGAAGUAGAUUUGCUCAAAGCACUGAAACAUGUCAACAUUGUGGCCUAUUUGGGGACAUGCUUGGAAGAGAACAUUGUAAGCAUUUUCAUGGAGUUUGUUCCAGGUGGCUCAAUCUCUAGUAUUAUAAACCGUUUUGGACCAUUGCCUGAGAUGGUGUUCUGUAAAUAUACAAAACAAAUUCUGCAAGGUGUUGCUUAUCUCCAUGAGAACUGUGUGGUGCAUCGAGAUAUCAAAGGAAAUAAUGUUAUGCUCAUGCCAACUGGAAUAAUAAAGCUGAUCGACUUUGGCUGUGCCAAGCGUUUGGCCUGGGCUGGCUUAAAUGGCACCCAUAGUGACAUGCUUAAGUCCAUGCAUGGGACUCCAUAUUGGAUGGCCCCAGAAGUCAUCAACGAGUCUGGCUAUGGAAGGAAGUCAGACAUCUGGAGCAUUGGCUGCACUGUGUUUGAGAUGGCCACAGGGAAGCCUCCACUGGCUUCCAUGGACAGGAUAGCAGCCAUGUUUUACAUUGGAGCACACAGAGGGCUAAUGCCUCCUUUACCAGAACGCUUCUCAGAAAAUGCAGCAGACUUCGUGCGUGUCUGCCUGACCAGGGACCAGCGUGAGCGACCUUCCGCCGUCCAGCUCUUGGAGCACUCCUUCUUGAAGAGAAGUGACUGAACACACAUGAAGAUGUUCUUCCCAGUUCCAUCACAGAUACUCCAUUAUUGCUUCACUGUGGGAAUGACGGUGAAGCGACCUUUGUUUUCCUACUGAAAAGUCCGUCUAACCCAAUUUAACCAGAUCCUGCAGUGUCACUAAGUGAAAAGUUUGUUACAUGUUAGUUUCCUCAAGCUUCAGUCGCAAUUACCCACGUAUAUACGAGAAAGUUUUCUUAAACAGUAACAACAAAAAAACCUAUUCCAGUGUUUACAGUUCUGACUAUCCAGGAAUUACAAUCUCUAUUGCUUUAUAUGAUAUUUCCUUUUAUCUUUGGCCUGUCAAUUUUAAUGUCAUCAGUUUGAAAUAAAUUGUAAAAACAAGAAAAUUGUAUUUUCUUGCUUGGUGGGUAAAGACGCUUAUUUAAUUCUUGCAAAGGAGACUAGAAGAAGGUGAAAAGUUAAAAGGAGUAGAGAGAUGCUCCAUUCUGUUUCCUUUGGCUCAGUCUUAAC